UUUUUUUUUUUUUUCAACAAACACCCGUGUCUACCGUUGGGGCUCUUUUUGACUUGCCUGCACCGCGAACAGGGCCAGCUAAUAACUCCAGUGCGCAAGCUUAGGUGACGCAGGCAGACGGGGCCGGCCCACCAGACACGGGGUUCCGGCCACACCCGCCAUUCCGGCGCUGGCUCCCCAAAACCGCCCGAAUUCCUGAACGCGCCAGCCCGGCCCGUUUUUUUCAGCGCCGCAGUGGACAUUUUUCUUGCUCCGUUUUUUCGCCACCAGGCCCCAUGGCCCAUUCGGGCACCUCGAGCUUAUUUGCGCUGUGUGCACGCCCGUGCCCUUGGCCAGCCAGGCGCCUGCGCCAGGCCCCAGCAAACCACUGGACGCCAGUGCCACAAAAGCCCCACCACCGCCCAGGCGCCAGCCCACACGGCCUCAAUCACACCCCGGGCAAAAAAAUCUGGAGCCAAGUGGCCCGCCCAUGGCCCGGCAAAACGCGCCCGGCAAAACGCUCGACGCGGUCGUGCGCGCACCAGCGUGCUCGAUACCGGUAUCUUUUUCCCGUAAACACAACAACAACCGCCCCAUUCUCUUUCCCGCCCACCGAAAACCCACCCCACCCCGUGGCAGCCCCGAGUUUUCGCCCCAGCAUCAAGCCCCGCGCCCCGCCCCUCCCCUGUGCCGUGGACCCCGGAAACAAAUUCGCCGCCUGCCCCUUUUUGUGCCCGCCAAAAUUUCCACCAUUUCGGAGCCUUACCCCAUGAUGCUGCUGCUCUACGAGGGCGACGUCCGGCGCUGCCGGCGCUGCAAAAGACGGCGCAUGGACGACGAGCCGCCCGAGGUGCAGCAGUACAAGACCUGCGCCAAGUGCCGCAUCAUCGAGCGCACCAAAAAGAAGUCCCGCAAGCCGUUGGCCGAGGAGACCAUGCGCUACGGCAUGCGCCAGUUCCAGGAGCAGCUGCAGAACCUGAACUUCAUCCACGACGACAUUUUCCUGAACGACCAGCUCAUGAACGACAUGCACGCGGCCGCCGCGGCCCACGACGCGCUGGUCUUGGCCCCCGGCGCUGGCUACAAGCCGCCCGGGCCGCUGUUCUCGCCGCUGCUGUACGCCAUGUACAAGCAGCCGCCAGCGCCCCAGUACGGCGCCGCCCAGGCCCCACCGCAGGCGGCCCCCAACGCGCCCGCGCCGCCGCCGGGGGCCUUGGGCGUGCCCGGCGCCGUGCCCACGUCGUCCGCGGCCGCGGCCGCCAUCGCCGCCGCCGCCAUCAAACGCACAGACGUGCUGCUAGGCACGUCGCAGACGUUGAACCGCAUGCAGAACCACUACCGCCAGUACCAGCAGAAGCAGCAGGGCGGCGACCGCUCGCGGCUCUCGGCCGCCACCAACUGCGAGCUCUGCGCGCAGGCCUUGGACGCGGACGACUCCAUGAGCGUGAUGUACCGCUUGUGCAGAAGCUGCUACUCCGACCCCUACGCGCGCCCGAACGUGUACAGCGACUUCAACGACUUCUUGUUGGCCGUGGUGCGCGACAAGGACGUGGAGCUGGUCACCUACAUCUCCGAGCUCGCGUCGUACUUGGUCGAGUCGCUCAGCAACAACCGCGCCAUCAACUCCGAGGAGCAGUUCCGGAAGAUCAUGUUGGACUCCUUCAGCCUGAUCUACGUCGACCCGUUGAUCGGCCUGUUGACGCCCUUGGCGUUCAACCGCUCGUCCCACAACGUCCACGACGUCAACAACACUGCGCCCAUCAUCUCCAAGGUGAGCCAGCAGUACCACUACACCUUGACCCCGCCCUUGAGAAUCAACUACAUCGCCGACUCCGACGCCGGCUCCACGUCCAUAGACAUGACGUUUAUUACAGAGACUAACUUGAUCAUCAUGAAAAAAACCACCAAGAAGGCCUCACAGCUCUACGAGCCGCUGUUCUUGAAGGCGCUCGACGAGAAGAUGCGCGCCAACGGCUUCACCUUCGACGACGACCCCGCCAAAUUGUACGAGCUCCUCAGCCUCCCUAUCCUGAAAGACCAGCUUGUCAAGGACUUCAAGAGCUUGCAGAAGCAGGUCGCGGACAUCCGCGCCUCCGGCUCCGAGGGCUCCCCCGACGACGUUGCGCAGGCAGAGCAUGCUUUCGAGCUGAGCGAAAAGGGCGCAGCGGAGCCUGGCCAGAAAACCGACGACAGCCUAGAGCCGGAGGCUGCAGAGCCCUCCGCCAACGGUGCCGACGAAGCGGCCGCGCCCGAAAGCGAGGUGGCUCCGGAGAAGUUAGAGGAGAGCGCUCCGGCCGGAGAGACUGCCCCGCAGGAGAAGAAGACCGAGGAAGAACUGAAGGAGAGCCAGGAACCGGGGGACUUGGACCCGGCUUUCGCUUCGUAGUGUAUAAUCAGAGAGAUGUAAAAUACAAUUGUCAACAGUAACAUGCAACUGGCCUUCUCGCUAC